AUGGAACAAGGAAGUGAAUUCAAGGAAAUUGAGUUGGCAAUGUAUUCAUUUGAGGGGGAUUUCAGGCGGAAGCCUCAGCAAAACUUGGCGGGUGCUAGUGCACAACGCAAGACAGACAGAGAAGCUUUGAUACUUCAGUCACAACAACAAAGACAGAAAAGAGAGGAACACAGAAAGCGUCUGAAUGGUACAAUAAAAAUUCAAGCAUAUGUUAGAAGUUUUUUAACAAGGAAACACAUAAAACAAAUUGAAAGGGACCAUUUUGACAGUGUAUUUCCUGGCGCGAAUCCUGAUGACCAGUUGUUGAUAUCAUCACUUGUUGCUAAAAUAUUAUUCUUUUAUGAUGCUCAAGAAGACUAUAAUAGGCUGGUGUCCAUUUCUCAGUUAUUGCUGAAACAUUGGAAGAAAAUUUACCAAAUUAAUGAUGCAUAUGUACAGAUCAGAAGAUUGUUGGUACUUCACUUGCGAUUGUUAAGUAAUAAUGAGGUACCUCUUGCUGUACCAUUGAGAAUGUUUGAGGUAUUCACAGCUUGCAAUCUAACAGAAGCUUCAAUAAACUGCGUUGAUGCACUCACUAUUGCUGGUGGCACGUUUUUAUAUCUUGUAAAACGAGGCUACUUCAAAGAUCUGUGUAAUUUAAUAUGUCAGAGAACUCCUCCAUUAUACGGGCCUUCGCCGAACCCACCGAUCCCAUUGGCUGGAGCACUAUUAGAUCUAAUACAACGGCCACUGAGUCUCAUUUCGCACGUCAAAAUUCCUCAUUAUAAUGAUAGCAUCAUGACAGAGUUCUCAUCCGCUUUCCUUUGCAACCCGUACCCGGAGCCAGUAGAGCUGUUUAUAAUACCGGCAUUGUCACACGAUUCUUUCAAAAGGUUCCCGUUCCUAGCUCUAAUACAGUGCCUCAGAGACGACAGCAAGUACCACAGUGGAGUUCUCACGAAUGACUCCUGGUUGCUACACUCAGUAUUGGCGCUGGAGCCACCAAAUUUUAUAAACAUGAUACGCAAUAUGGAUAACACAAGACUGCUGAACAAUCCUAUCGUAAUAGACUAUUUUAAAAUUAUCGCUAAGUUAACUGUAAAUGUUUGUAAUAAGCAAAUCACCUACGAGUAUGAAGACUCUUUGUACAGUCAAGAAACAGUGGCGAAUAAAGACGACGACAGUGACGAUGAGCCAGAACCGAACCCUACCUCUGUCAGGGAGCAAACGUUAUUGACGAAGUGUAUAGAGCUUUUAAAUGAACCGGACCGGUGUGUCAUGACCGUGUGUUCGAAUAUCACUGACGCUGAUCUCAGUGAAGAGUUCCUCGAUAGUGUUACAGAGAUUUGUCAUAAUCUUUUGUUGAGUCAUCGGAUGGCGUUACAUAAGUACAGGCUGUUGUACACGCUGGCGUUCAAGCCGGUGUUCGUGCGCGGCGUGUGGUCGUGGCUGAGCGGCAUGACGCAGCGCUCGACGUUCGGUGCGCCGGCGCAGCCGCUGCUGGCGGCGCUGUCGCGCGGCCUGCCGCACGACACCGGCGUCUACCGCUUGUUGGCGCCGCUAGCCACCUUCUGUGCCUUGUUCUCGCUGCUCAUCGGCACGCUGCACGACACGGAGUUCUGUCGAGAUAUAAGCGAUGACAAGUUAAAUCUUACAUCACCACCACCACCGUCAGUUGGAGGCCGUGUUCAUGCCUUCGAGUUUAACGAACUUGGUGGUUUAUGUCGAACUCUUCGACAAAUUUGCCUCGGCCUUGUGGAGCUGGCGUACCCCGAGUCUCGGCCAGCGGUGACUGGUCAGUACCGAGAUGCGGUAGCCGCUUCCCAUAUAGAAAUCUCCGGAAAAAACGAGACGCCGGCAUGGUCGCAUUUGUUCAAGGUGUGCACGGGGCUGCUGCGCGCGCUGUACGCGCGCGACGGGCGCCUGCAGUUCGUGGGCGCGGGCGCGUGGCCGGCGCUGGGCGCGGUGCCCGAGGGCGCGGCGGCCGUGCUGCUGGUGGCGGGCGAGCGCGCGCGCCCCACCACGCGCAACCUGCGCCGCCCGCCCAACCUCGCCGCCGCCAUGGCCGCCUCGCACGAUGAAGGACCACCGCUGACAAUAAAAGAGUUGAGAACGAUCACAAUUCUGAGGGAAAUCCCAUUUGUGGUUCCGUUCUCGACUAGAGUUCUUAUAUUCCAAGGACUGCUUACCAGAGAAAAACGCGACCAUUGGUAUGAAAUGGCUAACUUCAAUGAAGGCCCGUCAAUAAAUAUCAGUGUGCGGCGCACGCAUUUAUAUGAAGACGCUUUUGAUAAAUUGCGACCAGAAAAUCAUCCAGAUCUUAAAUUGAAACUGCGGGUACAGCUCGUUAAUCAAGCUGGUGCUGAAGAAGCGGGCGUUGACGGCGGUGGCCUUUUUAGAGAAUUCUUGUCAGAACUCCUCAAAUCAGCAUUCGAUCCCAACAGAGGUUUGUUCCGGUUAACGAUAGACAACAUGUUAUAUCCAAAUCCAGGCGUACAUUUAUUGUACGACGACUUCCCGAUGCAUUAUUACUUUAUUGGCAGAAUGUUGGGCAAGGCAUUGUACGAGAAUCUCUUAGUGGAGCUGCCCCUAGCGGAAUUCUUCUUGGGCAAGCUGUGUGGGUGCGGCGAGGCGGACGUGCACGCGCUGGCCUCGCUCGACCCCGCGCUGCACCGCGGCCUGCUGCUGCUGCGCGCUCACAACAGGCUCGACGUGCCCGACCUCGGCCUGGACUUUACUAUACUCACUGAUGAGUUAGGGGAACAGAGGAUAGAGGAAUUGAAACCGGGUGGUGCUAACAUUCCCGUAACAGCAGAAAAUAGGAUAGAAUACAUUCAUCUAGUCGCAGAUUAUAAAUUGAAUAAACAAAUUAGAUCUCAAUGCAACGCAUUCAAAAGCGGGCUUACAUCGGUAGUGUCUGCGGAGUGGCUGCGAAUGUUCUCGUGUCGUGAGUUGCAGCUUCUUAUAUCAGGAGCAGAGGUACCUAUCGACCUGGACGACUUGAAGAGACACACGCAAUAUGCAGGGGGGUUCUCAAUUACACACCCAACUGUGCAGUGCUUCUGGAAAGUUCUCCAGAACUUUACAGACGAUCAGCGACGUCAGUUACUCAAGUUUGUCACCAGUUGUUCGAGACCGCCACUUCUCGGUUUUAAGGAUCUACACCCACCAUUCUGUAUCCAAUCAGCGGGCGCGUCGGACCGGCUGCCGUCGUCGUCAACGUGUAUGAACCUGCUGAAGCUGCCCGAGUUUCACUCGGAGGAGCAGCUCGCGGAGAAGCUGCUCUACGCCAUACAGUCGGGCGCCGGCUUCGAACUUAGCUAA